AUGCAUAGUGCUAACACCGCACAGGAGUGGAAUGGCUCAUUUUUUCAAUGCAUCAAACUCAAGACCCUUGGUUUGUACAUUCAGCUGGGCCACACUCCCAGUGACCGCUGUUUCAAUCCAUGUCCCUCAAAGGCCAACAAUUUUGUUGUUAUCGACAUUAAUGGUAUUCAUGAGGUUGCAUUGGAUUUUUGUGGCUGCAAUACUGCACAAGUGCACUACAAACAGCUGUUACAAGUGCAAUGGUAUCCCGCAACUAUGACAGAUCCACAAACAGCUGCAACAUUCAAUGUGCUUGAGCACUUUCACCUUCUAUCAUACGAAUCUAAGAUUUCUGCCUAUGAAUUUUUCCAUGGUUUAGCCAGGCACACUGACAAUACCAGAUUGUCGCCCAUCAGGGAUCGUUAUUCUGCAUUCAUGUGGAUGGUCCAUGAAUGGUGGAACCUUCGACAACUCAGGUGUGGUGGGCGAGGUCAUGACCCUGGUGGCAUUGCAGAAACGAAAGCCAGUGAGCUUGUGGUGCUGUGUCCGGCAUGCCCACAUCCAGGCAAAAAUUUGCCUAGCAAUUGGGAGCAUUCACCUCCAGGAACGAGAUGGCUGUAUGCCCUUUUCAUCACUAUAGAUGCGAAUUUUCAUCUCAAAUGGAAGGCUGUCUCCUCUGACCAAAUGGAUCCUGGUUUGAAUGCAGGAUGGGCCUACUUCAUGGAGGAGCGCACAUACAAGAGUUACUUAUCUGAGCAAGCUGGCGAAAGACAAGAGUGCAGUACUUGUGUCAGUCAUAAUGCUGUUAAUAUGGCCGAUACAAAAUCCUCACGAGGCCUGGCAGCAACUGGCAUAGGAACUGUCGACUGUGCUCGACAUGAAUUCAAGUUGCCAAAUGGGGUAGGUGAUCUACAGAAGGGCGAAAGAUAUGUCUUCUGCAUUUUUUCUAUUCAGUACCUCAAUAUGGAUUACCUUGUCUUCUCAGCGCUGGUCGGAUUCACAGUAACAAUGCUCAAUAUUUCAUACAAUAUCGCAUGCCAAUGGUCAAAGAAGCUGUGGAACAGAAUGGAUCACAUGCUGACUCACCUUCACAUACCACAUGAUAACAUGCUGGUUCAAUAUUUUGUGCCAAAGUUUCACAUUGCAGCCCACAUUGCAGCCUGUCAAGUCAAUUUCUCAUGGAACCUCACUAAGUGGGUGGGUAGGACAGACGGGGAGGCGCCAGAACGGGGUUGGGCAAAUGCUAAUCGCAUUGCAUCGAGCACGAAGGAGAUGGGGCCAGGAACACGACAUGAUAUGGGUCCCUUGCAAGGCACCUUUGGAAAUUUCCGACAUACAUUGGAUGAUCACUUUGGUGAUUGGAAUUGGAAGAAGACAACAACGCUUGGUCGUACAUUGAAGCGCAAGAUGGAAGAGGCCACGAAAUGGGAGCGGGAACAUUGUGCUGCAUUGUGCAACCUGGAGGCAACUGUCCAGCCUGCACUGCUGGAAGAGUGGGAGUUGGAAGUUCAGACAUGGGAGGAGGACAACACUUGUCAAAUUGAGAGCAAGGUUGCUCCUAUCACACAGGCUGCAGUAAGGUUGCAGCUCACAGAAUCAGAAGCACAAGAUUUGCAGGCAGGGAUAAAUCACUCACUCGACAUCGAUGUCUCCCCCAGUGUGCUUAUUAGCGGUGGCAUUGAAUUAGAAGACAUGCAACAACGACUCAAACACAACAUUGCAAACCUCUCACUUCAUCCCACAGACAAACAGAGAGAGGCCAUCAUCCACAGGACUAGCGCAUUACAGAGACGUAUCAAUGCUUGGACAUGCUAUCAACAACUCUACAUGCCCGUUGUCUCAAUGCUACAUUCAUUGGCUGACAUGAGUGUGAGUGCUCCACAAGCAGCACUCAGGCCUCAAGAUUUCCCACUCUAUCUUCCAUCGGCUCUCAACUAUCUCAACUGUGAUCGACAUUUGAUGGAGUAUGAGUGGGAACUUCAGUGGGCACAAGCUCAUGAUGCCCUCAACAAACUCUGUUCCCAUCUUCAUCUACGCUCGCACAUGUACAAAUUUAAGGACAAGCACUUACGUGGUCAAGCAGCAUCCACCCGUGCCCAGAAUUUGAUCGCAAGUGUCAAGGUAAAGAAAGAUGCAGCAGUGGACAAAUACAAAUGUGCACACCAAGCACUGGAGUCGCUAAGCUCUCAGGAAAGACUUCGACCUCUCAGACACGAGGAUGCUCAACCGAUGGGCGAUUUUGCAGCUGGCCAUUCUCAGAACACUGGUACCAUAUCAUGGAUCUGGCUGGUAUCAGACGGUGACACUAGUCACUCUGAGAAAGAGCGUGUUCAAGACUGUGUCCGCAUUGAGUGGUGUAAGGCACGCGCUCGUGCAGCUCGAUGGUUUGAAGAAGUGGAGUUACUAGCUGAAGAAAUGAGACAACAAGAGCACGCAGUCCUAUGCCCAUUAGAGAAGAUAACCCAACAAGAGGGCUUACGUGCAUAUGCAUACCAUCAAGCCACCCUCCGUUUUGCAAUGCGAAAUUCAUUCCAAGCUCGUUGGAACUUCAUUCCUCAACUCAAUCUUGUGGUCUCAGAGUCCGUGGUAGAUGAUGAUGGUGGUCCUUCAAUUGAUGCACCUCCUGUGGUCAUAGAGUUUGAAGAGUAG